AUGGAAGCAGACAAACCCAGUACAAGACAAACAGCCGACCCCACCAGCGAGGCGUUAUCGGCCCCUGAUGCACUCAUCAAUCGGGACGAGGGUCUCAAGUACUGGAACAGUGUAGCCAAUGACGCGGAUGGCAUGCUCGGUGGAGUUCCUACUAUGCCAGGGCUCUCGGCCAUGUCCCGCGUCGAUCUUCAAGGCUCUCGUAGUUUCCUCGCCAAGUUGGGUAUUGGCGCGAAACCUGGCCUGCGUAUGGUUAGCAGAGCUCUUGAGGGUGGGGCAGGAAUUGGCAGGAUCACCGAGGGCCUACUGCUGAAAAUCUGCCAUGAAGUUGAUAUUAUCGAGCCAGUAGAGAAGUUCACGGACGCCCUCAAGGGCAAGAACGGAAUCGGCCGUGUCUUCAAUGUUGGUCUUGAGGGAUGGUCACCAGCAGAGCACGACCAGUACGACCUCAUAUGGACGCAAUGGUGUGUGGGCCACUUGACCGACGCGCAGCUCGUCACGUACCUGGAAACUUGCAGAAGGGUUUUGAACCCCGAAACCGGCAUCAUUGUGAUCAAGGAGAACUUGAGCACACGUGAAGAAGAUGUAUUCGACGCGACUGAUAGCAGUGUCACUAGGCAAGACGUCAAGUUUAGAAGUCUUUUUAAGCAGGCGAACCUACGGAUAGUGAAAACGGAGCUACAAAAAGGCCUUCCAAAGAAACAUCUAGAUAAACUUAUGCCUAUCCGGGUGUAUGCACUCAGACCCCAGUAG